GACAGUAAAAGUGUUGAUGAGAUGUUCCAGCUGAGGGAGGAGGAGGGAGGGAGGGAGGAGUGGGGGAGGCUGGGAGUACAGCUGAUGGAGGAGAGACCUGAUCAGUUUCGUGUCGGCUGACUAGAAGACACUCGUCUGUCUGAUCUGAGGAGUCUGAAGGGAUUGAAUCGGAAUAAAGAGAGUUUCUUCAUCUGAUAACUGAAACCCACCCAGACCCACUCGCCAGGUUCUCUACUGGUUCUGGAAGCACAUACUGGUUCUGUAAAGCGUUUACACCAGUGGAUUCUGGACUUGAACCAAGAUGGUUUCUGGAGCCUCCCCAGUGGUCGUGAGCUCCUGGAUGCAGAGUCGUCCCACCUUGCUGCUGUCUGUCUGCUGCCUCCUGUCUGUGUCUCCUGUCUCCUCCCAGAGUAACAUCACGUCUCACCCAUCAGACCUGCGGACGUCUGACUUCUUCAGCACCGACCGACCCCCCCUACUGGUGGACGGCCGUCACGCGUCCAACACAAAACCCCAGAUCUCCCAGGAGACGGUGAACGAACCGUUGACGUCUCUGGACUCAGAGCCAGAGAAGCUGAAGUCUUUGACCAAACUGAAACACAAACAUGACAGGAAGCCGGCGCCUCCCUCCAACUCCUCCUUAAUUCCCCACAGAAACACCUUCUCCCCCCCCUCCUGCCUGCAGACGACGUCCAUAAAGAUCAUUUUUAAGUACAUCAACACGGUUCUGUCCUGCCUGAUCUUUGCUGUGGGAAUCAUCGGCAACGCCACUCUGCUGAGGAUAAUCUACCAAAAUAAAAGCAUGAGAAAUGGUCCCAACGCCCUGAUCGCCAGCCUGGCCCUGGGAGACCUGGUCUACAUUGCCAUAGACAUUCCCAUCAACGUCUACAAGCUCCUGGCGAUGCAGUGGCCGUUUGCAGACAGCGUGUUUGGACUCUUCCUCUGCAAGCUCUUCCCUUUCCUGCAGAAAGCUUCGGUCGGCAUCACCGUCCUCAACCUGUGUGCUCUCAGCGUGGACAGGUAUCGUGCUGUGGCGUCCUGGUCACGAGUACAGGGUACUGGUGUUCCCACGGUAACGGCGGUGGAGAUCGUACUGAUCUGGCUGUUCUCCGUCGUCCUGGCUGUGCCGGAGGCCGUCGGCUUCAACAUGGUCACCUUCGAGUACAAGAACAUCACCAUGAAGACGUGCAUGCUGCAGCCGAUGUCAUCCUUCAUGACUUUCUACCGAGAUGCGAAGGACUGGUGGCUGUUUGGGUUCUACUUCUGCGUCCCUCUGGCCUGUUCGGCGCUGUUCUACAGCCUGAUGACCUGCGAGAUGCUCCGACACCAGAAGGGAAGUCUGAGGAUCUCGCUGAGCGAGCACCUGAAACAGCGGCGUGAAGUAGCCAAGGCGGUGUUCUGCCUGGUGGUGAUCUUCGCUCUCUGCUGGUUUCCGCUCCACCUGAGUCGCCUGCUGAAGAGAACCGUUUACAAAUCCCACGACGCUCACCGCUGUGAGCUCCUGAACUUCCUGUUGGUGCUCGACUACUUCAGCAUCAACAUGGCGACCAUCAACUCCUGCAUCAAUCCCAUCGUCCUCUUCUUCGUGUCCAAGAAGUUCAAGAACUGCUUCAAGUCCUGUCUCUGUUGCUGCUGUUACUCUGGCUCUCUCUCCAACAGCAUGCUGCCCCUCCACCACGGGACGAGUCACUGACCAGUGAGGGGGGACACCACCCAGAGGCAGCAUCAGGGUGGGGGUGGGCGUAGGAGGAUGUUUUUGUACCUUUGCAUAUUUAUUAUCACGUUUUCUACUUAACUCGUUAAGCUGAACUUUUCAUGGACAAAUCAAUGAAACUAGCUGUAACGGUGCUACAGCGCCAUCUAGCGGCCGCUUCUGUAACAACGGCAAUUUGAGUUUUAUUUUUCACCUUUUCGUUCUUUAUUUAUGUGAUUAAAUAUACACACUAAUGCUACAUGUGAGCUGUUAAUGACGCAGAGUCUUUUUGUUAGUGCUUUUUAUCAUUUUAAGAAGUUAUUUAUAAAAAUAAACCACAUGAAAUCUUCUGUUUUGUUAGAUUAUUAUUUACAGGUUUACACAAAUGGAACCUUUUUAUCAUCUUUGUGCAUUUAAGGAUCCAACUAAAGUCUCUGUGUUGUCUUUAAAUCGUUACUAACUGAUAUAAAUGUUAUUAUUUUAUCAUGUUAAUUACUUGUGUUAUGAAAUAGAAAGUUAUUCAUUAUUUUAUUAUAUCUCAAAUAAAGUUUUUAGGUAAGUCUGU